AGAGAGAGAGAGAGAGAGAGAGAGAGAGUUUUUUAUCCUCUAGGUGAGUCAAAGCUGAAAGAGGAAGCAGGAUGUCAUGAUGGAGGGUUGGUGCUAAGGCACUAUGUCUGUCUCUGCCCAGAAUAAGGGACCAUACUGGCAGCGAGGAUUGUGGGAAAUGACCCCUGAUGUGCUGCUGUUCAUCUUGGCACUGACAGCCUGCCUGACUGAGUCUGUUCACUGCAAGGAGGCUGAUGGAUCUGGAGCUCAAGCACAAAGCACAGAAGAAUGGAUCUUGACUAUAGCACACACUACUGCAGUGACCAGCACCAUCACAGUUCAUAUCCAGGAGGAACAGGAUUUUGGAGACACUGAAAAACAAGCGCAGGUUACUUUGGAGCAGAAUUCCACGACGACGCGGAUUCCUGACGUAACACUCAACACGACCAGAGAAGGGAAGCACAAGUCAGUACGUAAAGGUUCCGUAGAUGACACUACAGUAGCUUCUCCAGAGCAAAAUAACACCUCGCCGGAAGACGCCGAUGAGGAGGAAAACGAUCUGCAGACGGUCUUCAUCAUCAUCGCAGUGGGUCUGAUCCUCGUUCUGGUUCUGGCAGCCAUCGUGGCCGGAUUGCUGAUCGCACGCAGGAGGAGGAAACAAAACACAACAGAUCCUGAGAAGGACGAUCCGUAUCUGGACGAUGAAGACGGAGAGAAAGUGCCAAUGCCCAUGUUUGAAGAUGACAUGCCCUCUGUGAUGGAAUUGGAGAUGGAGGAUUUUGAGAAAUGGAUGAUAAAAGAAGGGAGCGACAACAGAACAGACUCAAAACAGAGGCAUCCUUCUUAAACACACUUCUGUAAUUGUUGUGGGACUCGGAUAGAAAAAGAGAGAGAAAAUGAGCAUGAUGGAGAGCGAUGGAGCACUCGGCAUCCUAUCACACUAGCAGCAUCUCUCUUGUGAACACACACACACACACACACACACACACACACACACACACACACACACACUUUUACACCUCCACCAUUGCAUUUCAAUGCAAAAAAGAACUUCUGGUGUGUGUGUGUGUGUGUGUGUGUGUGUGUGUGUGUGUGUGUGUGUGUGUAAGAGAACCUGUACUGUUUUGACGUUUACUGAGAGCACACACUCUGAUCGGGAUUCUGCUCAACUUCUUCCUAAAUCUUCUCUUUUUAUUAUAAGAAAGGCAAAAUAUAUGAAAAAAACUAGAGCCAUAAAAGGUCAACCUGUGUACAGUGCCGUGAAAAAGUAUUCGCCCCCAUCCCGACUUCUUCUGGUUUUGUGUACAUGUCGUACUAAAUUGCUUCAGAAAUGAAAACACAAUCUAAUAUAGAACUAAAGCAACCUGAGCAAACACAAAUCUAUGAAAGUGCAUUCAUAACGGGGUUCAGCUGGACGAGACGCAACCAGGCCGGAUUACUGCAAACCCUGUUCAAGCACAUCAACACUUAAAUUGAAUGAAACAGAACAUCAUUUUUUCUCUAUCUUUAUACAUUCCUCUGAGAUUAGCAGUGACAUCAGAAACCAUCCACUAGUGUUUGUUAACGUGGUCACAUUCACAUUUCCUGCCUUUUUAAAAAAUUUUAAAUACGUGUUUUUUAUUCAAGAUGGAAAUAGCACUGUUUUUUUUUUGUAAAUAUGGAGAACAUACUGUAUUUUGCAGCCAUUUUGUUUUGUUAUUAUGAGUUGAUGUGUGUGACUUUUGUAUUUUCGCUCUACUACUGUUUGUUUAAAACCCUUUUGUGAACUGAUACGUGUGUGUGUGUGUGUGUGUGUGUGUGUGUGUGUGUGUGUGUGUUUAUGUAUAUGUACAAGUAAAAACUGUCAUUUGUUGAUUUGUA